AUGAUCAUGAUGCAAUUUUCUUCAUGGUCAAGAAAACAUCAAGGUGUAUUCACUCAAGGGGUUAUGGUUAAUGCAGCAAAAGAAGGAUUAUUAGAUGUCGUUGAAUUUCUACAUUAUAAUAGAUCUGAUGAUUCCUUUAUGAUCGUAAAGGAUCGUAGUGAAGAUGCAACAACCGAAGCUCUAGAAAAAGCAAUUACAAAUGGACACACUGAAACGGUUGAAUAUCUUGCUCAAGUUGUUAAAUGUGAAUGUUCAUUAAAGGCGGUUUAA